AUGCUACAAAUGCAAGCCCCAGCAGACUUGAUUCGAAUGCUUCAAUCUGGACAGGGUGUCAAUGCAGAGGCAAAGACAGCCAAGGAUGUUCAGGGCAACGUGAACAAAGUUGCUAUGGAGCUUGAAUUUAGGACUGAGAAAUUGGCGGCCUGCGUUACAACGCUCACAGGGGAUCUGGAAAGUAUUAAGCAACAGCAUGAGAUCUUGAUUAGGACGGCGCAUGACCAACAGGCGGGCCUGAGUACCAUGGAUGGUGCGGUCAAGGCUCUGACUGAGCGCAUCCAACAUCUUGAGACGGCUAUUGCUCAUAUUUCCAGACAACAAGUCUCGCUUGAAUCGACGUUGGCGAUUCGAGUUGAGGCGGUGGAAGAACGGACAAAGGCAACUCUCUUGCAACACGCUCAAAGUUCCCCGGUGGACGCACUGGCAGACGAGAUUGGCUCGAUGAAGACAGUUUUGUCGCGACUUGAGUGCACGCAAGAGGAGUUGGAGAAGCGAUCGCGAUCAAAGUUUGAGGAGCUCGCGAAAUCCUUGUCACUUGGAAAUGAGCGGGCUGCUGAUAUGGAUACGAGAUUAAGACUGGCUUUGGAGAGGAUAGUGGGUAACGAAAGAUUAUGCGAGAAGCUGCGGAAAGCUGACGCUGACCUGGAGGCCCAACUCCAAGAGCUGGUGAACCAUUUUGAGGAGGAGUCCCCAUCCACGCCGCGGCAGACAGCAGCAGCAGAGAAUGAGGACGAGACUCAAGACAAUGAAGAACUACCGAAGACGCCAAAAGCGGCAAAGCAACCGGUGGAGUUUAAGAUGACCCCGCAUAUGGACAAUGUUACAUGGCAGAAGGAUGAUACGUCUGGAUGGCUUGAAGAUGAUGGGCUGGAGAGCUCAGCGGCAGCUGUCCUACGGGAGAUGCCUAAGCUGAACACCACGUCUUCAGAGGCCUGGGAGAAAGGGAUGGCAUUUCGACAAUGGACAACUGAAAUGGCAGCAAUAGCGGAGGCAAUCCAUCCUUCAUUUGCUGAGUACUUCCGGAGUAAACUGAGUGAGGGCCAGACCCGUUAUGAAAAGAGGUUGGAUCAGGGAUACGCAGAACCUGCUUCUGGGGUGCGUGUGGAAGACAAAGAGAUGGAAACUCGUCUUCCGCUGGCACUGCUUCGGGUCAUACCGGCCAAGAUGAAAGCCCACGCGCUGGAAGGCGGUACGACGGAGGAAGGGAUCAGCACUGCGCAGCUGAUGGAGGCUGUGUAUGAGCACAUGGCCCCCGGAGGCGUUCGAGAGCGGAGCUCCUUGUUGCAGUAUUUAAGGGCCCCUCCUCCAGCAAACAAUGGGGAAGAGCUCAUGAAUACACUGCGGAGGUUUCGGUUGGCGCAGCAGAGAGCCGUACAUCUUGGGACACUGACUCAGCCGGCCCAUGAGCUGGUUGCAGCCCUUGACGCUAUGGUCCGUCCAUUGGAGCGCAAACAUCAACCCUUGAGUGUGCGACUUGGAAUUCUACGGUUGCAGGCGAACAUUCAGCUUCCAACUGCUGAUGGCGUCGAGCUUUAUGCUAAGAUCCUGGAGACUGAAGGGAUCAAGCUACAAGCUGAGGAAGUGAACAAACCCAAGGGCGGAAGGGCUGACAGCCAGUCUGCCUCGGAGGAGUAUACUGUGCCAUCUGCGUCUCAGGCCGAGUCUGGAGGCAAGGGCGGCGGCAAGAAAGGAGUGAGAGUUUGUGCCUACUACAACUCAGCUCGCGGUUGUCUGAAAGGUGCUGAGUGUGAGUUUCGUCAUGAGGAUCCCCAACCAAAAGGAAAAGGGACCAAAGGCGGCAGAGACGCCAAAGGCACCGAAAAGGGGUCCUUCGUCGAAGAUCGCGAGGUUCCUAGCCUGGCGGGAGCAGAUUCCGUUAGUAUGGUUCUAUCGUCCAGCGGAGAUGACUUGACUGAGAGAGGAGAGAUUCCCACUUACUCGGAGGCGAGUACUCCAGAGUGGUCGGAUGUGGAACAUGGAAAUGUGGUGAGUCCAGUUAGUUCUCAGGAUAGUGAGAUCGAGUUGAUUGGACCACGGCAUCCCCCAGCACCACUAUGGGCACUGAACUUGAGCCUGAAUGAGUUUUUGGAGUGGUGCAGACCUGGAAGAGUCCAGGAGUUCGCGCUUGGACAGUUUGAAGAGGUCACAAAUGUGAACUCAAUCCUGUGGCCAGUAUGGUGGACAAUUGAGCGAGACAUGCUGGAUGACGACGAGAGAGGAGUCAUUCCGGUUACGGAUGAGGUGCGCAUGAUGAAGCUGAGCACCACUAUGAUCCUGUUUAGUGAUGGGAUUAUUAGACCGGUGUUUUUGGCGUGGUUGUUGGAUGAGAUGUCAGGCAGAGACCGCACGGUAGCCAUAAUACGCGAGCCGGCAAGGCCGAUUGUGAGGCCAUAUCCUGCACAGACCGGGGCAGCUACUCCAGAGUUGAGCAAGGCAGCACCUCCGAAGUUUGGUCGUGUAGCCAAGUCACCUACUGUUUCUCCCCCGCCACUUGGAUACACGCAGCAGCCGGAUGAGGCCAACGAUGAUCCGCCAUGGCUCGCCGGAGCUGGGAUGAAGGAAGGAACAGCAUACCGUCUGGAGUGCGAUGAUCAACCCGCAGCUUGUGCUGUUGUGUCGGAGCACCCUUCAGUGUUGGUUGACUCAGGCGCGAAUGAGACGAUUCGUCCUUGGACACAAGGAUUCAGUGAAGCAGGCUGUAAGCGCACUUCCGUCGUUACUGCGAGUGGAGAUAGGAUCCCAGCAUUGCGCACCAGAGAUGGAGAGUUGCGCAUACAGUCAAGUCACGACACCAAAGAUUGGCUUUUGAGUGUGCGCCGAUUGGUGGAAGCAGGUGGGUCUUUCGAUUGGACUCCAGAAGCCGCUGUGGUCACUUAUGUGGAUGCAGGAGGAAAGAUGCAGCAGGUUCAAUGCAAGAUCACCCUGGAAUGGGAAGAGUUCAGGCCAAUCCGAGUGGCCCUGUCGCAGGCGUAUCGAGGCAAGCAGACGCGUGCUUCUGUGGCUGUUGGGGCAGAAGAUGACUUGAAGACCAGCGAGGCCUGCACCAUGGAGGUGCUCAAUGAAAUCAUGUGCGCCGAGGAAGUCUACAGGUUAUCUGCGGCUGAGAAAGACGAGGAGGUCAGGGCGGUGUGGAGCUCAGAAGCUCGAGCAAAAGAGCUCCUGAAUCAGGAUGCCUUGACCUAUGAGGCUGUGUGGCAGGUGGUUCAGGAGGCUCACCUGAAGGGCCAGCGGACAAGGCGUCAGGAGAAGAUGGUGGACCAGAGCUCCGAUAGGGUUCAGAUAUGGAUUUUUGGCAUGUUCUGUCAUGGAGGUAUGUCUGGAGUCACAAAUAUCACACGACAAAGACCGUUCCUGUGCAAGUUGCUGGUAAGAUUUCUGAAGCAAGAGUUGCCUACGUUGUCUUUCACCACGAUUGCACUGGCUAUCGAUGCUACUCUCAAGCCACAUCGAGAUCUGGCGAAUGCCAAAUAUUCCCUAGCUGGAAUACUUGGUUUGUCGGAAUUUGAAGGCGGGAAGUUGUGGAUCGAAGACGCUGAGGGGAAAAUCAAGAGAAGAGUGACGCAAGAUCAAAUCAAGACUGGUGUGCUUUUGGAUAUCAGUCAGCAAGCGAAAAUCUUCGAUUCGCGGAGGUGGCAUGGUGCGGACAAGCAUCGUGGGACCCGGGCAACGCUGACUGGAUACACGGCUCGUCAGCUGUACAACCUGGAUCACGACUUGGUUGAGACACUGAGAAACUUGGGAUUCCAGUUGCCGCCUACAGCCAAAGCAGGAACAGCCAGCAGCAUCAGCGACCAACACGCAGCAAUCAACAACACCACGUGCUCCACCAGCAAGCACACCUCCACACUCACAACCUCCUUAACAUCCCCUGAGACCCAAGAUGAGGAUGAUGAUGAUGAUGAUGAUGGUGUUUCAGUCUUCGGGUUUGCUGGGUUUGUUAAUUCCGGGACGUCGGGGCGUUGUGAGGAUUGUGGGGUGGUCCUUGAGGGUCUGCGUAGAGAUUCGGAGCCGCCAUGGACUGCUCUGGCAGCUGAAAUCGAGGGAGCCAGUUCAGGCUUUGAUGAAGCUGCUCAACAGAGAGCUCUGGACUUACUGCAGCGAAAGUGUGCUGAAGGUUUGUACGAGAAGAAAUGUCCAGAUUGUCUGGAGUCACAUGGGCAUAAGCGGAAGUGCAGGCGCUUGACGGCUGAUAUGGUUUCCAAGGGAACGUUGUCGAUGGAUCUCUCAGGUCCUCACCCGGCUUCAUUUGCUGGUCACAGAUAUUUCCUAGCAGCCAAUCUCAGUGUUGAGGAUGGAGAAGAUAUCCCUUUCUCACGACUUCUGUUCACUAAGAAGACUGAAGAAGUAGCCCGCGCUCUCAUUUCUGUGAUGUGUCAGAUUGUGUCACUGGCUCAGGGAGGAGCCAGGGUCAUGGUGGUAAGGGAUGGUGCUACUUCUGUACGAGUGGUUAGGCUGCCAGUGCUGAAGGACAAGCCUGUUGCCAGAUGGAAGCUGGAAAGAGGUCUUCGCGAGGGAGUGGUAUGGAUCAGCACCACCGGCGACCUUCGAUGGGACGCGCCUCCCUCAGACAUGAUCACUGUUGAGGAGUCAGUGGGAGAGAUCCAGCCAUGGAAUGAUGUCAAUGCUGCCUCUGAGAUUUUACGGGCGUUUAUGGUUGCGCCGGAGCCAGAAGCUGUGGAUCCAGAUCCAGUGGCUGCUGUAGCUCAUCAGGAGGAGUUCCAGCGUGAGUCGACAGAAGGUUUUUACCGUGUGUACGACGUUGCCACAGAAGACUCUAUGAAUGAGUUGGAAACAGCCGUGCAAUUGUUAGCUGAUGAGGAGGCAGUUGGUGAACCAGUCUCAACGAACAUCUUUUUCACUGGAACUCCAGAGGAAAAGAAAAUCUGGUAUGAUGCUGCUAAAACCGAAGUUGACAACAUGGUUUCAAGCAACGCGUGGGUGGAAGUGAGGGUAGAUCAUGCACAUGUGGAUUUGAACUUGGACAGGUCAAAGAAGCUGCCGCGGGCGUUGCCCAUGACAUUGGUGUGCACUCGCAAGCCGUUGAUCAUGCAAGACGACCAGCCAACGGAGCAGGUCGACACUGGCCAAGUGGUUCAGCAGCUGUUGGAACCGUCGAUUAAAGGUUCUCAAUCAGCGAGUGCAGUUCAGGCCCAUGAAAGGAUGAGGUACAAGCCUAAGGUCAGGUUGUGCGUUUGUGGCAACUUCCAAGAAGCCCAGCCUCACCUGAAGGAUGAGAACGCGGCAGAAACUGUGCCCAUCGAGAUUGUUCGCUUGAUGCUGGCUUUACUGGCGAGAAAUCCUUCGUGGAAUGCGCUAUCGCUGGAUGUGUCUGCAGCAUUCCUGAAUGCAGAGCUAGGAAACAAGGAGACCAUCCUGAUGAAGCCUCCAUUGGCCCUCGUCAAACUUGGCUUGAUACCGGCUGGAGUGUGGUUACGGGCAUUGCGGGCCAUAUAUGGGCUGAGACAAUCUCCCGCCCGAUGGGAGGAGCUUCGAGACUCUGUGCUUAAAGGAGCAGUUCUUCAUCCAGAGGAGAGCGACGCGUUGCCAAUCUUGAUCGUUGAGGCGUUCCAAGGCACGGGUGGUGUUUUCUUGAUUCGACAUCAGGUGACUUCCGAGCUUGUUGGGAUGCUAUGCGUUUUUGUGGACGACGUUCUAGCAAUUGGAUCAGCAGAAGUUGUGCUGAGAACUGGUCAAUACAUCCUGAAUGUUUGGAAAGGCAAGCUACAAGGCAUGCUUUCUAGAUCGGAUGAUCAGUCAUGGUCUCGAGGAAGCUUGGAAGUCAAAGCCGUGGCGGAACUCGUCUUCAUCGGCAUUCAAAUUUUCUUGAAGAACGAGACGGUUGCUAUGACCCAGCAAAAGUGGACAAUCAAGCAGCUGAAUAUCAGAGGCUUUCUUCACAUCAAGGGAAGUCCGAGCCUUCCUGCCACUGAGGAAGGGAAACUUUCAAAGGGAGAUGAAGAUCAGUGCAAUGCCAAGUUGAUUAAGGAAGCUCAGCGGGAGCUUGGAGCUCUCUUGUGGUUGGCUACUAAGACGAGGCCUGACUUGGCGUCCACAGUUGGGAUUUUGGCAACGUUGGUGGUGUUGAGGCCAGAUCUUGUGCUACAGAAGACAGUUGGGGUUUGGAAAUAUGUUCGACACACUAUGUUUUAUGGAAUAGAGUUUGGCCCUGACAAUACAAACAAUGUUUUAUCUCUUGAGUCAGACGCUUCGUUUGGAAGUGGAGGAUCUAGAUCUAGAUCUGGACAUGUGAUUCGAUGGGGAAGCAAUGUUUUAAUGUAUCGGUCGGCGCGCCAAACCUUGACAGCCCACUCAACUUGCGAAGCCGAGACUGGAGCAAUGGCAGACGCAAUAGCAGACAUGCUAAAGAUUGCGAUUUUUGUUGGACAGGUUGGAGAAAUCUCUGCAUUGAAGGCAGAGGGCGACAAUGCAGCUUCGUUGGCUACCUUGGCCAAGGCUCGAUUUCAGGAGACGCUGUGGAGAACUCGUCACUUUGCCCUCCGGGCAUCAUGGGUCAGAGACAUGUUGCGAGAGCACGGCAUCGAGCUGAGCCACAAGGCAAGAGAAGAGUUGUCGGCCGACCUACUGACAAAGACUCUGGCGCGUGUGAAGCUGGAGCAGUUUCGAAAGCAGGUCUCAGUGGUGAAACUCCAUGAAGGAUGA